CCAGCCCGGCCGUGGGGGAGAGGAAGGAAGCGCUGAGACUGAGAUACGCGGAGAAGUUCGCCGCCCGUCCCCGUUCAAAGCGAACACCUUCCGUGCGCCCGGAGAGGGGCCGAGGGGCAACAGAAUGUCGACAUCAGACGAGGCGGAUGGGCUGGGAGCCGUCAGACCGCACUAUGGCUCUGUGUUGGAUAAUGAACGUCUCACGGCUGAGGAGAUGGAUGAACGGAGGAGGCAAAACAUUGCCUACGAGUACCUCUGCCACCUGGAGGAAGCCAAGCGCUGGAUGGAAGCCUGUUUGGACGAGGAGCUCCCUCCCACAACUGAGCUGGAAGAAGGUCUGAGAAACGGUGUCUAUCUGGCAAAACUGGGCAACUUCUUCAGCCCCAAGGUGGUGUCCCACAAAAAGAUCUACGAUUGUGAGCAAACCAGAUACAAGGCGACUGGGUUGCAUUUUCGACACACGGACAACACCAUCCAGUGGUUUAACGCCAUGUCAAACAUUGGGCUGCCCAAGAUUUUUUACCCUGAAACAACAGACAUCUACGACCGGAAGAACAUGCCACGUUGCAUCUACUGCAUCCACGCCCUCAGUUUGUAUCUCUUCAAACUGGGACUGGCUCCACAGAUUCAGGACCUUUACGGGAAAGUUGCUUUCACAGAGGAGGAGAUCAACAACAUGAAGCGCGAGCUGGAGAAGUACGGGAUCCAGAUGCCGGCCUUCAGCAAGAUCGGGGGGAUCCUGGCCAACGAGCUGUCGGUGGACGAAGCUGCCCUGCACGCUGCUGUCAUUGCCAUCAACGAUGCCAUCGACCGCGGAGUCCCCACGGAAACCAUGACGGCGCUGAAGAACCCCAACGCCCUGCUGGUGAACCUGGACGAGAGUCAGAGUGAGCAAUACCAGAACACUCUGAGCACCGCCAAGCACGACAAGGCAGCAAAUGCCAGGAAUAAGGAGGUUCCAGGGAGCCCGGAGAGUGAACGUGAUGUUUAUGAGGAGCUCCUGACUCAGGCUGAGAUCCAGGGCAACGUCAACAAAGUCAACCUGCAGUCAGGUCUGAAGACCAUAGACGAUGCCCUGCAGAGGGGCGACGGGCUGGCCUUGUACAACACCCUGAGGUCUCCGGCCCUGGGUCUACGAGGGGUGGAGCUGGAGAACAGUGACUGGUACCUCAAGCAGCUGACCGCAGACAGACAACGGAAAAUUCAGGAGCAAGGCUCAAGUGAGCCGCUGACCAAAGAGGAGUUACAGCUUGGAGUCGAACAAGCCAACGAAGAUGCUCAACGCUUCAAGAAAUUGCUGGAGGCCGUGUCCCGGAUCAACACUGCGGUUCGCAAUGGCGUUGCCGAGGAGACAAUGAAGGAGCUGAUGAACCCUGAAGCACAGUUACCACAGGUUCACCCAUUUGCUGGCGAGCUGUACCAGCAGGAGCUGAGGACCCUGCAACAGCAGAGCCACGAGGGUAACCUGACGCACACUGAGCUGGUUGUUGCUGUGGAGAUGCUGUCCUCGGUGGCACUGAUUAACCGGGCCCUGGACGCUGGUGACAUGAACGAGGUGUGGAGACUGAUCCACAGCCGGGUGACAGGUCUCACCAACGUGGAUGAUGGCAAUGCGCAGAGGUACGUGGACGAGCUGAUGAGACUGAAGGCCAAAAGUCGGGCGGAGGGGAACGAGUUCCUCACCUGGAACGACAUCCAGGGCGCGGUUGACCAGGUCAAUGUGGUGGUCCAAGAGGAACAUGAUAGAAUUAAGGCAAUCGGUCUGAUCAACGAUGCUGUGGAUGAAGGAAACUCUCAGAAGACCCUGGAGGCUCUGCUGCUGCCCAGCGCCAAGCUGGCCGAUGUCUCCCCGCCCGUGGCCGAACAUUACCAGGAGAUGCUCAUGAGAACCAAGAGGGAGAAAGCUCAGGAGACGCAGGAUGACUCUGCCGUGCUCUGGCUCGAUGAGAUCCAGGACACCAUCUGGAGAUCCAACAAAGACACUGAGGAAGCCAAGAAAUUCUCUUUUGGGAUCCUGAACAUCAAUGACGCGGUGGAUACCGGGGACACGGCGCAGAUCCUCGCCUCCCUGCGAUCUCCUGACGUGGGCCUGUACGGAGUCACCUCGGAGUGUGAGGACACCUACCAGCAGGAGCUGACCGAGGCCAAGGCUGCCAAGAAGGCGGAAGGUGACAAUGGCAGCCCCUGGGUCAGGCACUGGGUCAAGGGAGGAUACCACUACUACUUCAACCUGGGGACAAAGGAAGGAAGCUGGGAGCAGCCGGCUGACUUCGUCCAGAACAACACGCAGCUGAGCAGAGAGGAAAUCCAGUCGAUCAUCUCAGGGGUGACAGCUGCCUACAACCGCGAGCAGCUCUGGGUUGCCAACGAGGGCCUGGUCACCAAGUUGCAGGCCCGAUGCCGAGGGUACCUGGUGCGGAGGGAGUUUCUGGAGAGGAUGAAGUUCCUGAAGAAGCAGCAGCCAGCAAUCCUGACCAUUCAGUCAAACUGGAGAGGUUACAAACAGAAGAAGGCCUACAAGGAGAGGCUUCAGUACUUCAGGGACAACACCGCUGCUGUUGUAAAGAUUCAGGCAUUAGUCCGGAUGUUCCAGGCCAGGAAGAGGUAUCGGGAUCGGCUGCAGUAUUUCAGGGACCACGAGUCGGACAUCGUUAAAAUCCAGGCAUUCAUCAGGGCAAACAAGGCCAGAGAUGAUUACAAAACGCUGAUCAGUGCGGAGCAGCCACCCAUGGCUGUGGUCCGGAAGUUUGUCCACCUGCUCGACCAGAGUGACCAGGACUUCCAGGAGGAGCUGGAGAUGAUGCGGCUGAGGGAGGAGGUGGUGACUCGGAUCCGGUCCAACCAACAGCUGGAGAAUGACCUCAACACCAUGGACAUCAAGAUCGGACUGCUGGUGAAAAACAAGAUCACGCUGCAGGAAGUGGUGUCACACAGCAAGAAGCUCACGCGGAAGAACAAGGAACAGCUGUCGGACAUGAUGAAGAUCGACAGACAGAAGGGGGGUCUGAAGGGGCUGAGCAAGGAGAAGCGGAUGAAGCUCGAGGCUUAUCAGAACCUCUUCUACCUGCUCCAGACGAACCCCACCUACCUGGCCAAGCUCAUCUUCCAGAUGCCACAGAACAAAUCCACCAAGUUCAUGGACUCUGUCAUCUUCACCCUGUACAACUACGCCUCGAACCAGCGAGAGGAGUACCUGCUCCUGAAACUCUUCAAGACAGCCCUGCAGGAAGAGAUUAAGUCGAAGGUGGACCAACUGCAUGAGAUCAUCACCGGCAACCCCACCGUCAUUAAGAUGGUGGUGAGCUUCAACCGCGGGGCGCGGGGGCAGAACGCUCUGCGGCAGAUCUUGGCGCCCGUCGUCAAGGAGAUAAUCGAGGAGAAGUCAAUGAACAUCAAGACUGACCCCGUGGACAUCUACAAGGCCUGGGUGAACCAGAUGGAGUCACAGACAGGGGAGGCCAGUAAGCUGCCGUACGAUGUGACCCCGGACCAGGCGCUGGGACAUGAGGAGGUGCGACUGAGGCUCGACGCCUCCAUCAAGAACAUGAGGACCGUCACCGAUAAGUUCCUGUCAGCCAUCGUCACGUCGGCGGACAAAAUCCCGUACGGGAUGAGAAUCAUCGCCAAGGUGCUGAAGGACUCGCUCCACGAGAAGUUUCCGGAUGCCACGGAUGACGAGCUGAUAAAGAUCGUGGGGAACCUCCUGUACUACCGCUACAUGAACCCGGCCAUCGUGGCUCCUGACGCCUUCGACAUUAUUGACAUCUCGGUGGGCGGAGGGGGUCUCACCACAGACCAGCGCAGGAACCUGGGCUCCAUCGCCAAGGUGCUGCAACAUGCUGCUUCCAACAAAAUGUUCGACAAGGAGUACUGCCACCUGGCCUCAAUCAACGAGUACCUGUCCCAGGCCCAUCAGAAGUUCAGGAGGUUCUUCCAGUUAUCGUGUGAGGUGCCAGAGCUCGAGGACAAGUUUAACAUCGAUGAGUACUCUGACCUGGUCACCCUGAACAAACCGGUCAUCUACAUCUCCAUUGGGGAGAUCAUCAACACACACACGCUUUUCCUGGAUCACCAGGACGCCAUCGCCCCGGAACACAACGACCCCAUUCACGAGCUGCUGGAGGAUCUGGGCGAGGUGCCCACCAUCGAGUCUCUGAUCGGUGAAGGAGGGAUGACUGACGCAGGCAAGGAGCAGCUGGCCAAGACCGAGGUGUCACUGUCCCUCACGAACAAGUUUGAUGUUUCCGGAGGGGAGAAUGAAGAGAUGAAUGCCCGCACUCUGCUCCUGAACACCAAGAGGCUGAUUGUGGACGUGAUCCGAUUCCAGCCGGGAGAGACGUUGACCGAGAUCCUGGAAACCCCGGCCUCUGCGGAACAGGAGGCUGAUCACCAGCGAGCCAUGCAGCGGCGAGCGAUACGGGACGCGAAGACCCCCGAGAAGAUGAAACGAGAGCAGCUGCAGGCGGACGAGAACCAGAUGUCCCUGAAGGAGAAGAAGGAAAAGAUCCAGCAGAACCUGAAGAAACUUGAGGGCCUGGGGAAAGUCAACCCCCAGAACAAGUACCAAGACCUGAUCAAUGACGUGGCCAAGGAUAUCCGAAACCAGCGGCGAUAUCGGCAGAGACGGAAGGCGGAACUGGUGCGCCUGCAGCAGACGUACAGUGGCCUGAUCUCCAAGACUGCUUUCUACGAGGAGCAGAUUGACUACUACAACCAGUACAUCAAGACCUGCAUGGACAACCUGGCCAGCAAGGGCAAGCUCUCGAAGAAACCGGGAGAUGUGAAAGGAAAGAAGAGCAAACAGGUGUCCCAGCGGUACACUGCCGCCAGGCUCCACGAGAAGGGGGUUCUGCUGGAGAUCGAGGACCUCAACACCAACCAGUUUAAAAAUGUCAUUUUCGACAUCUGUCCCACGGAGGAAGUGGGCGACUUUGAAGUGAAGGCAAAGUUUAUGGGGGUUCAAAUGGAUUCCUUCAUGCUCCACUAUCAGGACCUCCUCCAGCUCCAGUAUGAGGGCGUCGCCGUCAUGAAGUUGUUCGACAAAGCCAAGGUCAACGUCAACCUGCUGAUCUUCCUGCUCAACAAGAAGUUCUAUGGGAAGUAGAGGCACCCUGGGAGCCGCCAGUGUCCCAGGUCUCUUCACUGCCCCAGUGACAAGCUGCUGCCUUUGUGUCGCCCCCUUCGGUUUAGCUCUGCACAGAUCAGAAAUGAGCAUUAUCGGACAGCGCGUCACCCAUUUGGAGGAGAGUAGGGCUCUCAGAGUGUGCAAUUAUAUAUUUCAGAUUAUAUAGCCAGAACGUUGAUAGACAGUAUCCUUUGCGUUAUUAGUGGUCUUUGUAUUGCCUAAGAGGCGUAAAUAUUUGCAAACAGAACCUCCUCUUAUUUUUAUAUAAAUUACAUUUGUAACGUUGCCGUUUCUGUGCAGGACGUCUGUCCCUUCACCCAGCGGAGCUUUCAUACCGUGUGAUCAGUCCUUCGUCCUCUCUGCCUCGGGCAGCGGUUGGUGGACACGGGUUGUCCAGCCCACUGCAUUCCGGCUCACCCAUCCGCUGAAGGCAAAAGAUGGGAACAAUUAUUGGGUCCCAGGCACCAAGGAAAACACAAUGUAGAUUAACCCUAAGCACAUCCCUUUCCAGUGCCCACUUGCAUUGAAUACUUUGCCUCCGGCAGUCCAGAGCCUGGUGCUUCCCAACAUAAGACCACAGGAGAACGUUGUUUGGGAACUGGAUGUCCAAUAAAGUCCCCGUGAUCCCAGCAGACACCUACUCCCUGACUUGACCGUUCAAUGGGAGUUACGAUACACUAGAGUAACGUCCCCUGUGGUGUUUACAGACGUAGUUUAGGCUUCUCAACCUCAGUUUCUGUCACACUGGACUCUUGCUGAUCAUCUCCAGUUGCGCCCUGUGCCUUCGUGCCCCCAGCUCUUCCCUCCCCCUCCCCACCAACCCACGCAGUAAAUGCAGACUCCUCUGCCUUGCUUCACUGUAACAUUGCGAGCUGGUUGACAUCAGGUGUUACUUCUGGUUCGAGCUCUUCCCAGGCCUGGGUGUUCUGCGGAUCUCCUUAAUCCUGAUCAACCUUGUCAGCUGGGAAUCUCACUGGAUCAUUGGGAAUGGAGGGGACAGGUCCUGGACUUUCACCUUCUCCAGUAGGGAGUAAAACCAGGUCCGGAUUCUAUGAUUGUCCCUGUGAGUCGGUGGGGUUGAAUUUGCCCCGGGAUGCCCUCGGCUCGGCAGGAUCCAUGUUCCCAGUCACUGAUAAGGACUGAGGUGGUUGUGUGGACAGGUCCAUCCACAGUCUCCGGGCAAGAAGGCAGCACCAGAAGUUAGAGUAGCUUGGCACACAAGGACCCAGCACUGCAGCUGAGCACAUGCCUGGUGCACAGACACCAUGCAGAGAAAGUCACAGCUAGCUAAAUUAUUUGCCCCAUUAAUGAUGCUCUUACAAUAAAAUUGUACUUGCAGGAAUAUUGGUUCAUUUUAAGAAAAAUAAAUUGUGUUUCUAUCUCUUUGUAAGGUCA